AUUAAAUAUUUGCAGUAGUAGCGGUAUGUGUAAUUUCAUAAUAAAAAGUAGAAAUUUUUAAUUAUGUGGAAAACGUUUCAAAAAGUAAGAAAUAUCAAUGGUGUUGUAAAUAAAACAAACUACCUUCAAAUAAAUCAAUUUAAACCAAGAAAUUUAUCAACAGUUCUGUGUAGGAAACAGCUGAAACGUUUUGAAGAUGAAUAUAAAGCCGUUGUUAGUUUGUUAUCCAGAUCUCUUGGUAUAAGUCCACAAGUUGUUCGUCAAUUUCAUUUGGACCUAUAUUCUAAGUCGUCCAAGCAUAAUGAUGAUGCCGGCAAAAAUGCUGAAAAGAAAGAGGGUGCCAGUGGUAAAGCUGGUUCGGAACCAAAUUCAUCUGGAGGACCCAAUGGCAAUAAAAAUGAUAAUGACGACAAAAUUAAAUCAGUUUUAACAAAGACAAUCAUGUGGAUGUUUACUAUUUACAUGUUUGUAGCAUUUAUUUCUUUGCUUAUGACUCCACGUUCAGAAAGGCCAGAGGGAUCAACACGUUAUGUUUCAUGGAAUGAAUUCGUACAUCACAUGCUAUCUACGGGUGAAGUUAAAGAACUUAUUAUACGACCCGAUAUGGAAAUGAUUACAAUAAUACUACACGAUGGAGCUAUUGUUAAAGGAAGAAAGGUCUCGUCUACUAUAUUCCAUAUGGCUGUGGCUGAUGUUUCUAAGUUUGAGGAAAAACUUCGGGAUGUUGAGAAACGUCUAGGAAUCAAUGAUGGUGUUCCAGUGACGUACGAUCGUCAGAGCGAUGUGACUGCGAGGAUUUUAUUACUUUUACUCUUCUUUGCCGUGCUCAUGGCCGUUUCGUCACGUAUGAAAGGAAUGAAGAGCCCUCUUAGCAUGGAUUCAUUUAGCCAAAUGGGACGUGCUAAAUUUACUUUAGUCGAUCCUUUCGAGGGAGGUCGUGGAGUACUUUUUAAAGACGUUGCCGGCUUACAGGAAGCUAAGCAGGAAGUUAAAGAAUUUGUAGACUAUUUAAAAGAUCCUGCAAAAUAUCAACGUCUUGGAGCAAAAGUUCCAAAGGGAGCUUUACUUCUGGGUCCUCCAGGAUGUGGCAAAACCUUGUUAGCAAAAGCUGUGUCUACUGAGGCUCAAGUGCCAUUUUUGAGUAUGAAUGGUUCAGAGUUUAUUGAAAUGAUAGGUGGCUUAGGAGCAGCCCGUGUACGCGAUCUUUUCAAGGAAGGAAAAAAACGUGCACCAUGUAUUAUUUACAUUGAUGAAAUUGAUGCAAUAGGUCGACAACGUUCAGGUAACGAAAGUUUCAAUCAAGGCAGUUCCGGUGAAUCCGAGCAGACACUUAAUCAACUUUUGGUUGAAAUGGAUGGCAUGGCGUCAAAGGAAGGAGUUUUAAUGCUAGCGAGUACAAAUCGGGCUGAUGUUUUAGAUAAGGCCUUAUUACGUCCAGGACGUUUUGAUCGUCACAUACUCAUAGAUUUGCCUAAUCUUGGUGAGCGCAAAGAAAUUUUCGAAAAACAUUUGUCAUCAAUACAGCUGGAUGCUGAGCCGCAUACAUAUUCUCAGCGUCUUGCUCGAUUAACACCUGGAUUCUCUGGAGCUGAUAUUGCAAAUGUGUGCAACGAGGCUGCAUUACAUGCAGCUCGUAAUAGCCAAAAAAAAGUUAAAACAGAAAAUUUAGAAUAUGCUGUUGAACGUUUGGUAGGCGGAACAGAGAAGCGUUCUCAUGCAUUGUCGCCGGUUGAACGUAAAGUCAUUGCUUAUCAUGAAUCCGGACAUGCGCUUGUUGGUUGGCUGUUACCAAACAGUGAUGUGUUGUUGAAAGUUACUAUAGUUCCACGUACAAGUUUAGCUUUGGGUUUUGCUCAAUACACACCCAGUGAACAGCAACUUUACUCUAAAGAAGAAUUGUUUGAUAAAAUGUGCAUGGCCUUAGGCGGUCGGGCAGCUGAAAAUUUAAUUUUCAAUAGUAUAACCACUGGCGCUCAAAAUGAUUUGGAAAAAGUUACCAAAAUUGCAUAUUCGCAAAUAAAAAAAUUUGGUAUGAACGAUAAACUUGGGCCAAUUUACAUAAGAGAUGCUGAAGAAACUGGUGGUUACGAUAAACCCUUCUCUAAAGCAUUAGAUACAAUGAUAGAUCACGAAGCAAGAAAUCUUAUAGCGACAGCAUAUCAAAAAACAGAACAGAUAUUGAAGGAUAAUCGCGAUAAGUUAGAAAAGCUUGCUGAGGCUCUUCUGGAAAAAGAAACACUAAACUAUGAAGAAGUUGUUAAUCUUAUUGGACCACCGCCUUUUGAUGUUUCAAAGCGUACUAUAGAACCAGUAGAAUUCGAGCAAACACUUAAAAAUCUAAGCGAAGAUGUGAAAUAAUACGUUUCAUUGUUAUUUUAUAAUAAAAGUGUUUUUGUUUGUAAA